UAAUGCAUUUACCUUUAUUGUGCUGGUCUUGGAAUACUUUCAAAUGUUAACCCAAUUCAUAGACAUCGUUUUUGUUGUCGAUAAUAUCGAUGAUUUUAUCACUAACACUCUAAUGUUCUUUAAUAUUGUUGCUGCUUGUUGUAAAGCGACCGUCGUUAUAAUACGUCGAAAUUCAAUUAUUAAUCUGGUAUAUAUAUUAUUGAAGACACCAUAUAAACCUCGAGAUGAAAACGAAAUGGCAAUACAAAUGAAAUAUGAUAAGUUUAUAAAGUCAUGCUCGAUAAUGUAUUUACUUUUGGUGAUAAUUGGCGUUACAGGCGUCACAGCAGGGUCAGUGUUAAACAUAAUGCAAGGUCAUUUACCUUAUAGAAUAUGGGUUCCAUACGAUACUAACACAUCUUCGAUUUUCUGGAUUAUGUCCAUUCAACAGAUUUUAUCAGUAAUUCUCUGCGCAAUUAUAACUGCUGGCACGGAAACUUUAAUUUUUGGAUUAUUUUUACAAACUUGUGCUCAAUUCGAAAUUUUUGAAAGCCGUCUUCACAAAUUCAUGAUUAACAAAAUGGCUAAUUAUCUAAAUCAUUUACCUUCUUCGCCAAAUGUUGGAAAAUUGACAAUAUCGGGACACAUACAUCAUCAUCUUUGCAUUUACAAAUUUGCUGAAACAAUAAACAUUAUAUUCAACCAGGUAUUCUUCAUUCAAUAUUUUGGCAGUAUAUUUUUAAUAUGUACAAGUGUAUAUUAUGUUUCAACGCAUAUGAUGGAAUCGAGAAGUGUAACUAUGAUAGUUUAUACCUUUGGUAUGUUCGUACAAAUCUAUUUUCUGUGCUGGUCCGGAAAUGAAGUCAUACUUAAGAGUAUGAGUGUAGGAGAUGCGAUAUAUCAUAUAGAAUGGAUCUUAUUGCCAACCAGUGAGAAGAAGGAGCUACUAAUGAUUAUGAAGCGUAGUACAAUUACUGUUAAAUUUACCAGUAGUUUUUUGAUAACUUUAUCUCUUCAGUCUUUCAGUAGCAUCUUAAAAACAUCAUAUUCUGCAUUUAGUGUAUUACAAAAAAUGGACAAUACUACGUUCUGUUUUAUAAUCAUAAAGAUGCAAAUACUUUCUCUAAAUUUUCUAAUAUACACUGUCGUUGGUAUAUGGCGACCUAUUGACUGGUCAUCGAAUGUUGCUAAACUACUGUAUAAUGCAUUUACCUUUAUUGUGCUGAUCUUAGAAUACUUUUUAAUGUUAACCCAAUUCAUAGACAUCGUUUUUGUUGUCGAUAAUAUCGAUGAUUUUGUCACUAACACUCUAAUGUUCCUUAAUAUUGUUGCUGCUUGUUGUAAAGCGACCGUCGUUAUAGUACGUCGAAAUUCAAUUAUUAAUCUGGUAUAUAUAUUAUUGAAGACACCAUAUAAACCUCGAGAUGAAAACGAAAUGGCAAUACAAAUGAAAUAUGAUAAGUUUAUAAAGUCAUGCUCGAUAAUGUAUUUACUUAUGGUGAUAUUUGGCGCUACAGGCGUCACAGCAGGGUCAGUGUUAAACAUAAUGCAAGGUCAUUUACCUUACAGAAUAUGGGUUCCAUACGAUACUAACACGUCUUCGAUUUUCUGGAUUAUGUCCAUUCAACAGAUUUUAUCAGUAAUACUCGGCGCAAUUAUAACUGCUGGCACGGAAACUUUAAUUUUUGGAUUAUUUUUACAAACUUGUGCCCAAUUCGAAAUUUUUGAAAGUCGUCUCCACAAAUUCAUGAUUAACAAAAUGGCUAAUUAUCUAAAUCAUUUACCUUCUUCGCCAAAUGUUGCAAAAUUGACAAUAUCGAGAUACAUACAUCAUCAUCUUUGCAUUUACAAAUUUGCUAAAACAAUAAACAUUAUAUUCAACCAGGUAUUCUUCAUUCAAUAUUUUGGCAGUAUAUUUUUAAUAUGUACAAGUAUAUAUUAUGUCUCAACGCAUAUAAUGGAUUCCGGAAGUGCAACUAUGAUAUUUUAUACCUUUGGUAUGUUCGUACAAAUCUAUUUUCUGUGCUGGUCCGGAAAUGAAGUCAUACUUAAGAGUAUGAGUGUAGGAGAUGCGAUAUAUCACAUGGAAUGGAUCUUAUUGCCAACCAGUGAGAAGAAGGAACUACUAAUGAUUAUGAAGCGUAGUACAAUUACUGUUAAAUUUACCAGUAGUUUUUUGAUAACUUUAUCUCUUCAGUCUUUCAGUAGCAUCUUAAAAACAUCAUAUUCUGCAUUUAGUGUAUUACAAAAGUAAGAUAUGUAUA